GGAGGGUUCAGAGCUGAGAGAAAUCUGUCAGAUUCAAACACACUCCUCUCUCUGUAUGUGUUUGUGUGUGACACAGAGAACGAGGGAUGAUGAGAGGAGAGGAGGAGAGCGGAGGAAGAGAUAGAGAAGGACAGAGGAACAGCACAAAGUGAGGCCACUUCAUCUAUGGAUCAGUACUCGCAUCUGAAACCGAAGGGAUUCCAUGAACACAUCGACCGGACUGACAUCCCCGCAGAGAGCAGCCGAUCAUCACUGAUGCCGAUGCCCAGCACGAAGCUGUAGAGCAGAAAGGCCAAGGGGUCAGGGAGGAAAGGUCAAGGACUAAAGACCCGGAUUAGGCACUGAGGUUGAAAGGUUCCAGGAAAGAAUACUUAAAGGCUACAAGAACCACCAGGGGUCAGGAAGGACAGUCCCAUUGACGGAUAAGAAUCAAGGAGUCAAAGAUGAUGACAGCACAUGCAAAGCUGAGGAGGGAGAAGGGAAGUCUGGCCGAGUAUGAUUCGCAGAUGAAAGAUCUGCGGACUCAGCUGACAGACCAGAUCAAGAUUUUAGACUCUCAGGUGGAGGUCAAACAGCAGCAGCUCUCAGACCUCUCCGAGUUUCUGCGACGCCGAGGUGACAUCGAGACUGAAUAUGCUCGCGCCCUCGACAAACUCACUGAGCGAUUCACACACAAGACUAAGAAGAAGGAGCAGUGGGGUCAAUCUGUAUGUCAGGUCUGGUCUGUUCUGCUGACUCAGACUCGGUUGGAGAGCCGGGAACAUGCAGCGCUGGGUGACACCUGCUGCAACACACUCACACAGAGACUGGCACACAGUACGGAGGACACACACCGCCUGCACAAACGGAGUAAAGAAGUUGGUAUCCAGAUGCAGGAUGAGUUGCUGAAGGUCACCACUGAAAUGCAGACGGCUCUGAAGACGUAUAACCAGUACCACACAGACUGCCUGAUAGCCGAGGGGAAAUUGAAGGAGGCUGAGCGGUUGGAGGAGAGACACACUGGCAAAUCAGCUGAGCUCGGACUCAGCCAAUCAGGAGGCCAGAGGCGGAGCUCUGUCAAGAAAAUGGAGAGAUUAAUGGAGAAAAGGCAUGGCAGAGUACAGGAGAACCAGCUGAAGUGUACCAAGGCUCGUAAUGACUACCUGCUGAAUCUGGCAGCGUCCAAUGCAGCCAUGAACAAGUACUACUUGCAGGACAUCAGCACUCUCAUCGACUGCUGUGAUCUGGGUUUCCACCUGUCCGUGGAGAGGGUGAUGAAGUGCUACCUGGCCAGUAGGUGGCGCAUCGAGAAGACGGAGGAGACGGGCCUGAAGCAGCUGGAGGCUGCUGUGACGGCCCUAGACCAGGGUGGGGACAGAGAUGCGUUGUUACAGCAACACGACACCACCUUCUGCCUUCCAUUUAAAUUCAACUACCAUCCACAUGAGGGAGACCAGGUGUGUGAGGUCAGUGCGGAGAGCCAGGUGAGGUACGAGCUGGAGACCAGGUUCCAGCAGCUUCAAUCUCGACUCGCUGCUGUUACCUUGGAAACAGAGGAGGUCAGCAAAACGCUCAAAGCCACCCUCACAGCCCUACUGGACAACAUGUGUGACAGUGACUGUAACCCCUCCCCCGACGUGCUCAGCAGCCUAUCACAUGAGCCCCCUGGAGGAAACACCGCCCAAAAACUGACCCUUGCCAAGCGUCGAGCCAAUCAGCAGGAGACAGAGACCUACUAUUUUACAAAAGUGAAGGACUUCCUGAUCAGCAGUUCUCUGUCCUUCAAACUUCAAGCCAAACAUGACCUUCUGCAAGAUGCCAUACAGAAAGCGGAGGCUGUUGACAGUGACCCUUCCAGAACACAAUGUGCUCGGUCUGUGCGUGUUCGGAAGUCCAGGCCUGUUUCCCAAUUCUGCCACACACUCUUCACCACAGACAUAGUCUCCUACAUACAGAGCUCGGGGCAGCAGAUCCCUGUGGUGGUUGAGAGCUGUAUUCGUUUCAUAAACCUUCACGGCCUCCACCAUGAAGGGAUAUUCAGAGUUCCUGGGUCACAGAGGGAGGUGAACCACAUCAGAGAUGCAUUUGAAAGAGGAGAGGAUCCUCUGUCGGACAGUGAGUGUGACCUGGACUCAGUUGCCGGUGUGUUGAAGCUUUACUUCAGAAAUCUUGAGCCUCCUCUCUUCCCAUACGACAGCUACCCUCAGCUGCUGGAGUGUGUCCAAAUCGAGGGGGCAACUGAGAGAGCGGCCCAGAUUAAAGCGAUUGUCUCCACUUUCCAGCGGCCUCUCCUCAUCGUGAUGCGCUACCUUUUCGCUUUCCUCAAUCAUGUGUCUCAGUACAGCGAUGAGAACAUGAUGCAGCCCUACAACCUGGCCGUGUGCUUCGGGCCGAGCCUGCUGAGGGGAUUGGAUUCUGAUGACGCUGUUGCUAGGCAGCCGCAGAUCAAUGAUCUCGUCAAAACCAUGAUCCUCGAACAUGACAUCAUUUACCCUGGCCAAUCAGAACUGCCAGGGCCCGUCUACGAGAAGCACAUGACUCUGGAGCAGGAGUACUGCGAACCAAUCACAGAAGAGGGAGACGGGGAGACCGAGCAUCUGCCAAGUGAAGAAGAAUGGGAGGCGUUGGCGAUGUUUGACUACGCAGCCAGAUCUCCGGCAGAGCUGUCCUUCAAGCAGGGAGAGUUGAUCAUCCUGCACAGCAAGGCCUCCUGUGAUUGGUGGAGAGGCGAAGUGGGAGGGGUUAAGGGUCUCAUCCCUCACAAGUACAUCAGCGUGUUGGAUGGGUUAGAGCGAGGGAAAAGAGAGGAGGGGGGAGGAGGGGGAGGCAGCACUGGAAACCUGACAGCAGAAGAUCUACAGACGGAGAACACAACUCGGAUGCGGGUUAACAGCGACAGUGCUUCGUUGCCCGGGAGACAGAGAGGAAGUGAGGGUAGCCCUAAUCGAAAGCAGCCAACCUCUCCCGCCACACGACACCUGCCAGUGUCUCAGGAGCGCAGACACACUUUGGACACUGUGAGACAGGGCGGCUUCAGACCACCAGACAGACCUCCAUUUGUUCAGGCUGACAGAACACCGGUGGAUAAGGAUAUGAUCAGCCGUCAGAUGAACUCGGUGUUCAAGGAGCUCUUGUCUCGCCAGCCAACCCUGCCACCCUCCACCCUCGCACCCCCUGCUCCCUCAUCCUCCACCACCUCGUCCUCUUCCUCCUCUGUUCCUCAAGCUGCCCCCACUGCCAAAAAAGUUGGAUUUGGCCUCAGAGGAAGGGCCCUUUUCAGACCGGUGGACUAAAAGAGAGGAGAGGAUGAGUGGAAUUGUUGAUUUGUUGUUUAUCGAUGAUGAUUAUGCUGAUGCCGACCAUACAUUAGGUGAAGAUAUUGAUUUAUUUUUUUGACACGUGUAUAAUAUUUGCCAUCUCAUAGUGCCACUAGUCUCGGUGCCGUGUAACUGUACGUCCCGUGUGUCUGUUUUAAAGCUGGUUUUGGUAAUAUAAUUUUUUUCGGGUCUGUUUGAGUUCCCCAGGCUUUUAUACCUAUUGGGGAAUCAGGGAUGUGACAUCACCAGACUGACUUUUGAGAGUGAUUAACAUGAUACUUUAAAAAAUAUAUUUAAGCUGCCCCCUAGUGGCGGCUUUGAUGUUUGCUUCAUUUAAAAAAAAGAAAACUGAUCCGGGGCCGGAGUGCCUUCAAAUCUUUUACUCUAUUUAUUUCACUUGAAAAGAACCUCAAGGUGUUCAAUAUUAAAUGAGACGUUAUGAAAUAAAAUCAAGCACAUGUUACAAUAUGGACAGUUUUGUGAAUAACUUGAAGAAAUAGUUUAAACUCAACUGCUUAUUUUGAGGUGUUUUUCAUCAUUCAUUUGUAUAAUAACAUAACUUAAUUUGAGAUUAUCCAUUAAAGUUAUGUUUAUUUUUAAAUGUCCAACAGUCUAGUUUUAUUUUUCCAAAUGACACUUUGAUUUUGUGUCAAGUUUAAUUCAUGACAUUUUUUUGUAUUUUAUUUAUAUCACUUCUCAUGAUAGGAGUGUAUUCAUCACCCUCCCACUUUUCAACCAAUUGCUGCCCCCUGCCUUUUAAAGAUCCCAUAAUGUAAAAAAUGUGGGUUUUCAUGCUUUUUAUGAUUUUCUAAUAGGUCAGGUGCCAUAUAAAUACUGUGAAGAGUCAACCCAUGGAGGAAUGCACAGCCCGCUUUUAAAAACUGUGCCUUUAAAUGAGCCAUCAGCACUUCUGUCAGGUUGUGAUGUCACAACUAUACACAUGAAAAGGUAGAUAAUGUCAAUAUAGUGGUGUAACUGUCAUUCCCUGGCUGCAAUUACAAUACAGAGACACAGAAAGCUCGAAAACACUGACAAAUCAGAGUAGGCUGGGCCUUUUUUGGGAGAGGGCCUUAAAGAGGGAAAAAUCAAGCGUUUUAGGAAAUACAAAUAUAUAUUUUUUUACAUUGUAGAUUGUGAACAUGUUGAACAAAUCCAAAAUACAAGUAUCAACCUGAAAAUAGGGAUUAUAGUUCUCCUUUAAGAUAGCUAACUUGACAACACCACAUUUGAGCAGCUAGCAACCUGCUAGCUGCUCAAACACAAUGCCAAUUUAACUCUAAAACUGUAAAAAUAAAAAAUAGAGGCCCCUGCUUCAAAAUAGAGGCCCCUGCUUCAAAAUAGAGGCCCCUGUUUAAAUAGAUAGAGUAAACAGACAGUCCUUUUGAAAGCUUAUAAGACUUUACUUAAUGCUAUCUCCUAGCCAGCUGACUAGCUAGUGUAGCGUGCAAACAUCCUCAUCUAUAGGAGAGACACCGUUGAAAAGUCAAAUGAAAUAAAUAGUGACAUUACUGAAAUGACAGAUGCACAGAGCAGUAUUAGGGCCAGGCAUAGGGGCAACAUCAAGAGGGUGUAGACUAUUUUUAAAUUUUUGUUUAGAGGAAAUUGUCAAAAUGUUAAGAGUGAUGUCAUGGUAAGGUAUAUUUUCUAACCAUAAUGAAGUUCCAAGUUUAUUUUCAACAUGUCAACAUCAUUCUUUUGAUUUUUGCAUUAUUUAAAAAUGUUUUACAUUACUCUUAAUAUUUUAACAUUACUAUUAACUUUUUUAUGAAAUGGUAUUCUGACUUUAUUCUGGGAUGGUAUUUUAGCUUUUUUCGACCCAUUUGAACUUUUUCCCAGACAUUUCAACUUUAUUCUCAACGUUCAACUUUUUCUUGAUAUCUUGCCAUUAUCCUGAACAAUUUUGACAUAAUUCUAACAUUUUAACAUUAUUCCUAAAAUAUAUUUUUAACUUUAAUCUCCCCAUUCCCUUACGCCUGGCCAUAAAACUCUACCGCAUCACUGAUGAAGAAAUACCACGUUAUUAUAAUGAAACAAGUUUUAUGAAUUUAUCAAUCAUUAUUUCCCAAAUGAUUGUUUUAUUGAUAAUUGUUAGAGACAUUUUUCUUGUGUGAAUGUUUUAUUUCAUCAUUAUUUAUCUAUUUAUUCAUUUAAUAUUGAACAUUUUGGGGCCCCAAAGAUGUUGGAAAGAAUUUAGACGGUAUGGUCCGUCAUACUUUAGAGCAGCAUGCAGCGUAAGCACACACACACACACACACACACACACACACACACACACACACACACACACACACACACACACACACACACACACACACACACACACACACACACACACACACACACACACACACACACACACACACACAUUCCCCUUCAUAUGUGAUAAAUGGCCUGAAAGGCAGGCUAAAACUCAGGGCUUCUGCAGAGUUAGAGCCAAGCUAACUCAGGUUUGGCUUCAAUGGAAUAAGUUAGAAUUUUUCACCCAGGGCUGUGGUUGUCUUGCUAUUCAACUGGAAACUGUGCCCUAGCCUCAAGAGCCAAAAUGGUCCCAAUAUCGGAGUGACUUCCUCUGGUUUAAACUGUGAAUGCAAUGGCUACAUUUUGGAGCCACAAUCGAACUCUAUCUCUCAUUCAUCCACACGUUGGCCCCCCUUUGACUAUCCAACACCAUCUAUAGGUCGUCUAUAGGUUUUAGGUUUUUAAAGUGCAAGCAUAAAAUGACUCCAAAAGCAUUUGAAAUGUUCUUACGUCAUGGCAUCUCCCCUCUGUUGUGUUUCAGUAUUGGAAACAUAAAAGGAGAAUCCUUUUAGGAUUGAUUCUGCCUCUAUGAUUAAAACAACCUGUUAUUCUGGAUCACUGUUUGAUGAUGUCACAAAAUGUAUUGUGUCCAAAUGUAUAUGUGGUAUUAAAAAAAAAUAACCCAAUAAAGUGAUGAAUGAUUAUGAAUGAA